AAGUGCAGGAAAAAAAAAAGCAUCUUUAUCUAUAAUGUCACAUUUUUAGACACACAUGUCAUCUUGAUUUUAGCAAAAGCAUGCAAUUGCAGAGUUGUCAACUGUACACAAACUCACUCUAAAAUCUCUCAGAAACCAAAAACCAAAAGCCGAAACCUUUUCUAGUGUUAUAAAAAGACUUGGCCCUCUCUUAACAAACAACUGAGCAGAGCAUAGAAGAGCAGAGCCAUUCUAAUGGCCUGUCUCAGCAAAGAGAGGUGUUGGGGUGUCUCUAUCUCUAAAAUGCUCUCAGAAGAUGACAAACAAAGCUUCAUGGAUUCCACCACCACUACCACCAACUCAUCAUCUACUCCCAAAAGAUUAGACAAGGUUUUCCCCGUUUAUGCAUUGGGGAUUUCCAAGUCUAAUCACUCUCAAUUGGAACAACUCUCACACCUUUCUAAUUCCCCUCAAGACCCCAUUUGGGAUGCCAUCAGACAAGAGGCAAAGCUAGUGGCAGAAAGUGAACCAAUUUUGAGUAGUUUCUUGUAUGCAAGCAUACUUUCCCAUGAUUGUUUAGAGCAAGCACUUGGUUUUGUUCUUGCAAAUCGACUCCAAAAUCCAACUCUUUUGGCAACUCAGCUUAUGGACAUAUUUUAUGAUGUAAUGACACAUAGUAAGACCAUUCAACGCUCAAUUCGUCUUGAUGUGCAGGCAUUUAUGGACAGGGAUCCUUCUUGUUUGUCAUAUUGUUCAGCACUGUUAUAUCUCAAGGGAUACCAUUCUUUGCAAGUUCAUCGAGUAGCUCACGCCUUGUGGAGUCAAGGACGGAAAGUAUUAGCAUUGGCACUGCAAAGUAGAAUAAGUGAGGUUUUCGGAGUUGACAUACACCCAGCUGCAAUAAUUGGUGAGGGAAUACUGUUGGAUCAUGGGACGGGAGUUGUUAUAGGCGAAACUGCUGUUGUUGGAAAUAGGGUGUCUAUGAUGCAGGCUGUAACGCUAGGGGGAACAGGGAAAGAAGUUGGAGAUCGGCAUCCAAAAGUUGGGGAGGGUGUCCUUAUUGGAGCAAGUGUGACAAUUCUUGGCAACAUAAAGAUUGGUCAUGGUUCUAUGAUAGCUGCUGGUUCUCUUGUGUUGAAGGAUGUUCCUCCACACAGUAUUGUUGCAGGAAUGCCAGCAAAGGUGAUUGGAUAUGUAGAUGAGCAAGACCCUUGUUUAAGUAUGAAACAUGAUGUUACCAAAGAUUUCAUUUGACACAUGCAGCAGUUGUCUGUUGGGGAUUCAAAAUGUGCAGGUUAGAAAGUGUGAAGAAGUUUUUAAUGUAUAAAUAUGUAUUAAUUUCAGGAAAAAUUUGGAGUACACUCCCAAAAAAAAAAGUUUUGGAGUGUCUCGGUAUACCUUUUAUCUAUUUAAGCAUUUAGGAGAAUUUGUUAGUCUUUCUUUGACAACUUGUAAAUUUUCUAAAAAAAGUUGAAUAGUUUAUACAUGUGACAGUUAAUAGUCCUGUGAUUCGUAAGAGAAAUACCAGGUAUGUUGUGCAAUCUCACAUUAUUUGAGAAAGGUCAAGUAUGAUAAUUUUGAGACGGUGUUGGUAUGAGACUACACACAGUUAAAAAAAACUUAAAUUGAUUGAUUGGUACUACUUAUAUCAACAAGAUGCAUCUUGUUUUUUAGUUGUCUAUCACGAAAAAAUUUCACAAUUAAACGUGCUUGACUUGAGGUAAUUUUAGGAUAUAAAUGACCUCCUAAGAAGUUUGGAACUAAGAAGCAUGCUAGUGAAGACAAAGUACGCUGGAAACACUCGUAUUGGUCUGUAGGACCAGCUGUCAGUCUAGGAAACAGCUAGAGUGACGUACCCGUACAUAAGAACUAUAAAGUCGUGGGGGAAAACCCAAUAAAAGCUUGAAGUAGGGACGUUAUAUUAUUGUACUGAAAAUAAAGUUUAAAUGGUUGCUUUACCACAUGUACAUGAAAAAACAAAAUAUUUGAACUUCAUUUUUUACAUCUUAUAAUAUUCAAAAUUUUAUAAAACUUGCAAGUGGUUCUAAAUAACUUUUUAGGAGUUAGUACUAUAGACUUACCCUUCAUUUCAUAUCAUUUUCUUUCUUUUUCUUUUCAGGAGCAAUAGAUGAUUUGGUUGUGGGGGCAAUUGAGUUCAUGGCAUCAUGAAAUGGUGGAUUAUUCUCGUGUUGUUCUUUAGUGGUUUUCAUUCAAUAUCAUAUUGAUGGGUUAUUACACUUUGUUAUUUAUAUUUGUGUGUGUGUAAAACAAAGUAUAGGAUUAAGUGAGAGUGAGAAAGUGAGGGCUUGUUAAGAAGCAAGAUACCAUGUUUUUUUGAGUCUCUUGCUUAAUUAGAGAGAAAUUAACUAUAAGUCUGUCUCUUAUAAUUAUCAUUCCAUCUUAAGAGCCCUAAUCUUUAUAUUUAAUUAUUACCUUUCUUUCUUUCCAAGUAA